CCCCCACAGGCUCCAAAACCCUGAACCACUUCCACCGCCGUCGUCUUCUGCCGUCGUCUACGUCGAUUAUCGGCAAACCCCCGUUGUAUAUAGGUCUCUCGUCUCUGCAACAAUAGUAGGCGACAUCGCCAAUCAACCAGGCCGUCUCUUGGAACACCAAAGUUGCUCUUUUUUCCUCUAAACUCCCAGCUUUAUAUGUAUUAGAGGAUUAACAUGGAACCAGAGAGAGUCACUAUGACGUCUCCUGCUUCCCGGAAACCUAAGCAAGCCGAUUUAUCCUCCACGAAGCAGCACAUCGAAAAAAUCCACACCUCCAAGGGCCUUGUCGGCAGCAUCAUUGAAAAGGGCUUCUCUUCGUCUUCUUCUUCGUCAUCCAAUCCCCAAAAGCCUUCCUUCAUUUCUUUCCCCCAACCAACGGUCGUUCCUUUCCCCGUCGCCCGCCAUCGCUCCCACGGCCCGGUAAGCACUGGAAUCCUUUGCACGUCGCGCCGGAAUUGGAAGAAGAGGUUGACAAUGACGAGACGGAAUACGCCCCCAUGUCGGCCUUCGCGAACCCAAUCGAGAGAAAAGAGAAGAAAGGCUUGGACUUUAGCGGGCGGAGGAAUUUCGUCUCCCGUGGCGACUCUGCUGUCCCGAAAUCCACUGAAGAGAAAAAUAAGAAAAUUUUGUCCACGUCAUUUUCUCCUUGCCGUGAUGAUGGAUUUGAGGAGUCGGUUCAGGGAUCCUCUGUUAAAAGGGUUAAACCUAGCACGGAUUUGGUCCGUCAAAAUGAUGAACCUGGAAUGCAGUUCUCGCAAAGUAAUGCUAUGGAGCUGGCUGCAGGCGCCACUGAGAAGCUUGGAAACGAUGAUUGGGAGACAAAGAUGCUGAUGUUGAACAGGCAAGGAUUUGGGUCAGCUAUGGAAGACAUCCACGCAGAGAAUGUUGCGCGCUUGAAGCAGAUGUCACCGGAGGAGAUUGAGGAUGCUCAGAAAGAGAUAGUUGGAAAGAUGAAUCCGGCAAUUGUUGAGAUGUUGAAGAAAAGGGGGCAAAAAAAGUUUGGUGGCAGGGAGGGCAUUGCCUCAGGUCAGAAAAAGGGUGAUCAGAAUAUGUUUAGUGAUUAUCUGGUUGAAAGUGGUGAGAAUUUGGGGAAGAAUAAUGCUGGAAAUGAACCGUCAUCCCAAGGUUCCAAGGUUGCCGGAAUGGCAGCAGGCCAUGCAGGUUGGGUGUCUGCAGGACAAGUUAAGAGCAACUCUUGGAAGAUUUGGAGUGAAAGAGUGGAGAAAGUGAGGGAGUUGAGGUUUACCUUAGAAGGUGAUUUGUUAGAUGCUGAUUCUUAUCAGGCAUCUAGUGGGUGCAAGCCUGAAGGUGUUCAACCUGAUGUUGGAAAUGUAGCAGAACGUGAUUUCCUGCGAACGGAGGGGGAUCCUGCAGCUUUAGGAUACUCAAUCAAGGAAGUGAUAGCGCUGAUUCGAAGCAUGGUUCCCGCACAAAGAGCUCUUGCUUUAAAAGUUCUUGAUUCUAUCUUGAAUAAGGCUUUGGUCAACUUGUUGAAUGAUAAGGGUUUGCUUGAUGCCAAACAAGAUAUUUUUAGCAAUCAUGUCGAUUGGUGGGCAAUUUGGGCUUAUGCACUUGGCCCUGAACCUCAGCUUGUUCUAUCCUUACGGAUUGCUUUGGAUGAUAAUCAUAAUUCUGUUGUUUUGGCUUGCGCCAAAGUAAUUCAAUGUGUAUUAAGCUGUGACAUGAAUGAGAGCUUCUUUAAUGUUGCCGAGAAAGUUCCUUCCAUGCAAAAAGUUCUUUGCACCGCUCCCAUCUUCCGGAGCAGAGCAGAAAUUGAUAGCAGCUUUCUGCAAGGUGGAUUUUGGAAGUAUAGCACAAAGCCAUCAAAUAUACUAUCAUCAAACAUGGAUAAUGAGGAUGAAGCUGAAGAGAAACAUACUAUUCAAGAUGAUAUUUUUGUAGCUGGUCAAGAUGUUGCUGCCGGUCUUGUUAGGAUGGGCGUGCUUCCUAGAAUUUGCUACCUUUUGGAGAUGGAACCCAUUCCAGCUUUAGUAGAAUGCCUUUUGUCAUUGCUCAUCGGGUUGGCUAGACAUUCCCCAACAUGUUCAAAUGCUAUCUUUCAAUGCCCAAGGCUUAUUCAAAAUGUUGUUAGCAUUUUGACAAGGCAAGGCAUGAUGGAACUUCCAUGUCAGAUAAAAGCAAUUACUGUACUAAAGGUUUUGUCUCAAAUGGAUAGGCGCCUAUGCCUGAAUUUUGUGAAAGGUGGUGUUUUUCAACAAGUAAUGUGGCACUGGUACAGAAAUCUUGAGACAAUUGAUCAUUGGGUGGAAUCUGGAAAGGAACACUGUAAGCUUACUGCUGUGUUGAUGGUUGAACAGCUUCGCCUGUGGAAAGUUUGUAUUAGUUAUGGAUAUUGUGUAACAUUCUUUGCUGACUUUUUCCCAAAUAUGUGUCUAUGGCUUAGUAGGCCUACAUUCAGCAAGCUACUUAAAUUUAAUGUCCUUGAUGAAUUUGCUCAUAUCACCAGGGAAGCUUACCUCACUCUAGGUGCUCUUGCUGAAUGGCUUCCAUGCCUUCAUUCGGUCGAUCAACUAAUUAAGCAAGACACCGACCUUGGCGAUGAUGCUGUAGAAACUUGGUCUUGGAGUCAUGUUCUUCCAAUGAUAGACUUAGCUAUAAGUUGGCUAUCUAUAAAUGACAUCCCAUAUGUUUUGAUUGCUUGCCGUUUCGAAGAAAAUGAUAUCUAUAAUUCAUCAGAAAGCAGCAUGAUUUGGGUGAUUUCAGCUGUACUGCACAUGCUUUGUUGUGUCUUCUUUAAAAUGAGCCCGAGUAGAGAUGAUGAUAUGAGUAACUCUACAAGCUUGCCAUGGUUGCCAGAAGUUGUUCCUAAAGUUGGCACCGAAAUUGUGAAAAAUAGAUUUUUGAGCAUCACUGGUUUAAGUGAUAUCAGUCGUGAAGGAAAUACAUGUUGCUCUUUAGUUGAGAGACUUUGUUUUUUGAGGCAACAAAAUAAUUUUGAUAUGGCGUUGUCUUCCUUAAGCUGUCUUCAUGGGUUAAUUAAACUUGUCUCAUUAAUUGAUGGCUGCAUUCAGAGAGCAAGAAAUGCAUGCAACAUUCAGCUUCUUGCAGAAAAUAGCUUAGACAUGGAGGGUAAGGUAUUAGCAGAAGGGGUGAUUAAAUGGACUAGAGAGGAUCUUAUUAGAGUAUUGGAUGUAUUUGGGAACUUGGUUUCUGCUGAAUGGGCAAUGAUACAAUCUCUCGAGACAUUUGGCCGAGGUGGGCCCGCUCCGGGGGUUGGUGUAGGAUGGGGUUCACCUGGUGGAGGUUUUUGGUCAUUAAACAUCUUGCAGGCACAAGAAGAUGCUCGGCUCGUCUUGGAAUUAUUCAAAACCUUACCAAUUGUUCAUGAGAGAGAUUCUUCUCGUGUAGAAGCCAUGAAUCCAGCAUUUGGAAAAUCUCCCAACCCAAUGAAUCUUGUUUUACAUAGAGUAAAUUGUGUUCUCGCAGUUUGUUUGAUUGCUGGGCCUGGAGCUAGAGUUAUUAUGGAGUCUGCGUUAAAUAUAUUGUUCCAAUCUCCUGUUUUGAAGUAUCUUGGCCUCUCCCUUCAUCAUUUUCUUCAGCAUGACAAGAGAUUGAAACCGUUUAAAUGGCAAUACGAGGAUAAAGACUAUCUACUUUUCAGUAAGAUUUUAAAUUCUCAUUUUAGAGAGAGGUGGUUAAGUAUUAAGACGAAGUCCUCAGGUGAUGCCGAUGAGCGCUAUCAAAGUCAUAGAUUUCCAAGAAAAAGUGCUGUUUUAGAAACAAUUCAUGAGGCGCCAGAGAACGAAGAGAUACCCGAAGUUUCUUUUAAAGAUACUUCUUUCAGUUCAUUUUGCAUAGAGUGGGUUCAUCAGAGGAUGCCAGUUCCUACACAUUGGUUUCUUAGUGCAAUCUGCAGCAUUGGUGAACAAAAAAGUUCUGGCUUGAAUUCAUCAAAUGAACUUGAAGUGGCGAAAAGCGGACUCUUCUUUCUCUUAUGCCUAGAAGCUUUGUCCUCUUCAAUGUUUGCUAUUCAGGAAUCUCCAACUUUGCAUGUUUCAUUAGUUUGGAAGUUACAUGCCUUAUCUAUGUCAUUGCAUGUUAAUAUGGCCGUGCUUGAAGAAGAGAGGACUAGAGAUGUAUUUGAAUCAUUGCAAGAAGUGUAUGGAAAACAGCUUGAUGAAUUGAAGCAUAAAGAGAAGCAGGAAUUUUGUGAUUCUUCGUUGAAAACUCGUGACAAUCCUAGCGAAGUUUUGUCCUUCCAAUCACAAAUAAAUGAGGGUUACUCCACUUUUGUUGAGAACCUCAUUGAGCAAUUUGGAGCUGUAUCAUAUGGUGACAUAAUUUUUGGCCGGCAAGUAGCUAUUUAUUUGCAUCGUUCUGUUGAUAGUUCCAUCAGGCUUUCCGCAUGGAAUGCAUUGUCUAAUUCCUAUUUGCUUGAACUUUUACCACCGUUAGAAAUGUGCUUUUCUGAAGCUGAAGGAUACUUAGAACCUCCUGAGGACAAUGUAGCAAUUUUGGAGGCCUAUGCAAAGUCAUGGACUUCUGGUUCCCUAGAUAAAGCUUUUACCCGAGGCUCACUAAGUUUUUCUCUAGCUCUACAUCACCUAUGUUCUUUUCUUUUCAAUUCCUUCUCUCCAGACAAGCUAAACUUGCGCAAAAAGUUGACAAAAUCUCUCCUCCGCAGUUAUUCGCACAAGGAACAUAAUUUUAGCAUGCUACUCCAUCUUGUGAAAUAUAAACUGCCAGUUUCAGAAGAUCCACUGCAUACUAUUGAGAUCAUUCGAAGAUUAGAACUGCUUAUGGCUACUUGUGAAGGAAAUUCUUCUCUUAUAGCAGUAGUUGAUAAUCUGGAGUCUGCCUUGUAGAGAAUGGACGAGAUAAUUGGGAUGUUCAUGUCCUCAUUAUCAAGUAAACUUCUCCAGAAGCUGCUUUCAACAUAUUUAGGCUUCGUUUGGGACGACUUUUUCUCUGCUUCUUAAAGCAGCUUUUUAGUAUAAAAUUUUUUAUUGUUGUAUUAAAAAAUUGUUUUAUGAAAUAGUAAGAAACCCGUCCCAAAUGAAGCCUUAAACUACCAAUAUCUUAACACUGCAUCAGAUGCUCUAUUCUGUGCAGUUUUUAAUGGUAUUCACAGUUGAUUAUGGCUUCAGAACCUCUCAAUCUUUUUUGCUACUGUUGCUAACAAAUGUUCAAGGUAUCCUGACCUUAUGGUGGAAUCUGUAAAAGAGGAUGUAAAAAUCUGCAACUGAACAUGAAAAUGUUAACUUGCAGGUCAUAUAUUUAUAGUCUCUUUUGUAACUUUAUUUUGAAAAUUAUAUACUAACGUGAGGUUAAUUAUAUCUGUAAGCCAUAGCUUUUUUUCCAA